AUAAUCCUCAAAACAGGAAUACUGGACAUAAUCUCCGUGGCUAUAGAGCACUAGAGAUUGAGUUUCAGGGGAAGCAAAACCAGGGUUGCCGGGAGAACUGCGAGGCGCGCUGGGGCCGAGACCGGCGUAGAAGUACUCAAGGAGAAGAGAGAGGGGAGGGGAAGUACUACACGUUCUCCAGUUUACGCAGAUCUAUCAUUGAUAAUGUUCUCUGUAGAGUUACUAACUCACAGGCGGCAAAUCUGCGACGAAAAGCUGCUCACCAUAUUACAAGCCAGGGGAAUCCCGCCCCUUUCUUUGCCUUGGUGGGCGUGGCCUUAGCCUCAGGAUCUGGAAUAAUAACGAAGGAGGAUGAGGUGGAAGGUGUAUGCCAGGAGAUACGGCUAGCUGUAGGAAGAACAUCACUUAUACAGAAGGAGAAGGAGCAGAAGGAAGAGGAAAAGAAACAUGUUUGGAGUCUCGCAGAUUUUGAUUUAGGGAAACCAAUAGCUAAAGGAUGCUCUGCUGUUGUUUACUCUGCCACCCUUAAUCCCUCAGUUGAGACUGAGAACAAAGAUGUAAACCUGGCUGUAAAAAUGAUGUUUAAUUACCAUGCUGAAUCUAAUGCAUUAACGAUACUUCGAGCCAUGCAAAGGUUAUCCGUUUUUUUUCCAGGCGAAAGUGUAAGGCUUCCAGCGCAUCCCAACAUUGUGGAAAUUCUUACAGUUUUCGCUGACAGGAUCCCCGAACUGCCCGGUGACCGCCAGCUGUAUGGAGAUGCUCUACCUCCUAGACUUAACCCUCAGGGCUCAGGGCGGAAUAUGAGUCUAUUCCUCGUCAUGCGCAGGUAUGCCUGCAGUCUUCGAGAAUACCUUGAGGAAUUUAAGGAACUAAUUACGUCCAGGAUAUCACUUAUCCUUCUUACUCAGCUAUUGGAAGGGAUUGCCUACAUGCAUCACUGUGGAGUAGCGCAUAGAGAUCUCAAGUCUGACAAUCUUCUGAUAGAUCUCUCAGGUGGUGUAGAGUUCCCAAGACUGGUGAUAUCUGAUUUUGGAUGCUGUCUGGCAGAGAAAGGAUCAGGACUAAAGGUUCCGUAUAGAAGUUAUGAUACUGAUAAAGGCGGAAAUAUGGCUCUAAUGGCUCCUGAAAUAGUCCUCGUCAAACCUGGAGCUUUCUCUACGCUGAACUUUAACAAGUCUGAUUUAUGGAGUUCUGGUGCGAUUGCUUACGAGAUUUUUGGAGUUAAGGCGGAUCUGCCCGAGUUGCCUGCUAGUGCUCCGCCCCUUGUAUCUAGGCUGGUUUAUACACUACUCCACCCUAAUCCACAGUACAGGCCUACUCCUAGACAGGCUGCAACUAUUUGUCAGCUGUUGCUCUGGUCUCCCUCUCUCUGGAUGAAGGAAAUGAAGAAGAUCAGCAGUCAAGACAUUCUUCAGUGGCUGCUAACCAUGACAACCAAAGUACUUUGUGAGUCCAGAUGGGGAAACAGUGAGUCUGCUCUACAGGAAUACCAAUUAGUUGCCACAUUCCUGGCUACAUUGUCAUUGCCAGAUAUUAGGACAUCUAUAGUGUGGAUACAGGAGCAAAUGGAUGUGGAAUAGACCCUGGGCUAUUUUACUGCUAAUGUACUGAAAAGAAGUUUUUUGACGUCACAGUUCUAAUUUGGCGCCAUUUUAUUCUCAAGUUGGUACAGACAGUACAUGACUUGGCGCCAUUUUAUUCUCAAUUUGGUGCAGACAGUACAUGACUUAUACGUAGAGUUUAUAUAUUUAUUAUACUUUAAUGUACUUUACUCUGUACAUUAAGUUGUUUAAGCAUACAUACACUGGUUUGUUAUCGGACCUUGUACUCAGUGUACACCGUGUACACUGUAAUGUAGCUUGCAGUCCAUGUUUGCAAUGUAAAGAAGGGUAACAGGCACGUGUACUAAAUCGUGUUGUGACAAUGUCAAUUGUACAAUCUAUAAAGUGUAUAUUAUACUUUUUACAUGGAUACUGUACAGACGUCAAAUACGUUUUAUCAGUGCAUAUCAAGGUUGUAUUAUAAGGUUGCUUACUCUCGUUGCGCUCCAAUAUACGGGAAAUGUCGUCUUCUAAACAUAGAUAUAAAAUCCGUAUAUGACGUCACUAUUUAUAAAGGCGAGAAUGAUGUCAUAUGCGAAUUCUAUUUAUCUAUGCUAAGAUAAGGUCAUUUUCCGUACAUUCAUGCAUUAGAGCGCAUUGAGAUUGAGCAACCUUGUUAUACAACCUUGGUGCAUAUACAGUUGCUUGUAAAAUUCAUAUUGAUGCAGUGG